CCUGUCAGACUAGCAGCACAGACCUCGGCUUUGAAUCUCAGUCUGACAGGGUUAAGGAGCGGCAGUAGUAGAAGUCAUAAAAUAUGAUCCCCUGGCUUUUAUUGCUGCUUUCCUGCUGUUGCUUUAAUGGAGCUGCCAAAGGAAUCAGUCAACUGGAGAGGAUUGACAGAUGUCAGACCAAGUGUUAUCAGGGACUUGGCUGCAAGACCAGUCGAGAGUAUUGGUUUGCUGAUGUGUGUCAGGACCCCACCAAGCAUCUCAACAGCGCUACCCUGCUCCACAAUGCGAGCAUCUCCACGGUCAUGAGGUGUGAGCAGAAGCAAAAGUGCGGGCUCUACCUGAGAAUCCGGACAGUUGUGCAACUUAUGGAUAAAGACUCCAUCCAUGGCAUUUCCAUUUGCACCAACAGUGCAGGGAUGAUGACAAACUGCCAAACCAUACAGUUCACCAAAGCUUCAAGAAGAUCAAUGCUUGGAAUGCCGGUGACAGUUGAAAAUGAUUACACCGAAGUGUCUCCAAACCAGCAACUGGAAGUAACAGUGAAAACAGUUCCUAGCUAUUGUGGCAUAACGUGGUCCAGCAAGUACCAUACUCCUGAGUGCUCUAAUGAAGAUUUGAGGAAAAAUGUCCCAGAAUGUAUCACUGGGACUCUUUCUUACGUUUUAAGCCCAGAAAAGAAGGAGCUGACAAUAAGCGUGACGGACAUGCUUGCAGAUCACGACUACAAUCUCCGUCUCUGCCACAAGGACUUCAUCUGCAUUGGCACGGGAGUCUACACUCAGGUAAAAAAGGAAAACCCCCUUAAGACUGCAGUCCUUCCGUAUUCCAGACCUCUGCCUUGCCUUUGUAUCGAGGGUUGGUCAGCUGUAGUGGAUGCUCCUAGAGUCCAGGUCUGCCCAUUCAAAGACCGUCUAGAGGAAUUGUGGUUUGGGAUCACCUUUGAUCCUCUAGAGGAAGCUUUGAUAUGGGAACCACCGUGUCCCGUCAAAGCUGUGGUGUGUUUAUGUGAGAAUAAAGAGGAUGACGUCUGUGUUGAUCUACCUGAUUCAUCACAGAGUGUCAGCCGAGACAAGGUCAGAUUUGCCAAGGUUGAUCCUCACCCCAAACUCUGCAUGAAGUUUACAGUCGGGUCGCAGUCCUGGAUCAAGUGCCCCUUUGCUGAUGGGAUUAGAGUCUGGGAAGUGACUGUUUCAACCCAACAUGGACAUGAAGAAAUGCAGAUCCUGUCAAGAGUUAAGGCAAAUUUUUCCGUGGAGCUGAGGUCGACUUCUGCUGAAUCACCAGUGGGGGAGACAAACAACAGGAAAUUUGUGGAAGUUGACAAACAGAAACCUGUUAAAUUGGAGCUAAAGGGAGAAAAGUGCAACCUUUGUCAACAGGUGAAAAGGAUAUAUGUGAAGUAUGCUGUCACAGUGGUUCACUGUACCCAGCUGUGCAUGUUUAAGUCGUCUUCCCUGGCUUCUUCUGGCUCGAUGUGGAUUAUUCUACCAGCUGCUGCAUGCCUUUCUGGCAUCAUUAUCAUCACUCUGGGUCUCUGCUUACUGCUAACAAUUUACCGCAAGAGGAAAGAAAAAGACAUCUGUCUCCCUGAAAAACACACAGACACUGAGGUCUCUGAGUUACAAACUCAGCUUACAGUCAAGGAAAGGAUCCUCAUAUCUGAACCCCUGAAAAUAAUGAGAAGGACAACUUACUUUUAAAAGGAACCUGAAACAGCGCUCUGGUCUGGACCACUUCAUGCAUUGUACGGCAUAAAGAUGUUACAAAAACAAAAAGUUCUCGAUUAAAUCCGUUUGUUCUCCUUUA